AUGGAUCGACUCCUCAAAUCAGCUCUCACCAUCAGAGAGAUCAAAUUUCGCAUGGACGAUGACUACAUCGAUCGACUGACACGCCAAUACACAGUAAUCAUCCUCAUAUGUUUCGGUUUUUUGGUGAGUACAAAACAAUUUGUAGGCAGGCCAAUAACAUGCUGGUGUCCUGCAAACUUUGAAGAAAGUCAUCGAGAUUAUGCAGAUGCCAUCUGCUGGGUCAGCAACACAUAUUAUUUGCCACUGAAAACCAUCAUACCUGCCAAAACCUUAUCAGACGCCGCCAACCACCACAACCAUCGUCACAACCACCACCACAACUACCCAAGCGAGGAUAGUGAGCAGUAUCCACAAAUGAUCAGCUACUAUCAGUGGGUCCCACUCAUUCUAAUAUUUCAGGGCUUGCUUUCCUUCAUACCGUGCCUGUUCUGGCGGUUCCUCAACAGAAGAUCUGGAGUGAACAUGACAGCAAUCAUGGACGCUGCACGAGUUUGUUCACAAGCCUCAUACUUGGAGAUCCGAGAGAAGGCCAUCAGGUACGUUGUCAACCAGAUGGAUCGGUACUUGCUGGCACAAAGGGAGUACAGGACAGGUUGUGUGGUGCGCAUCAAACAUUUCAUUGCUAAGGCCUGCUGUCUGAUCGGUGGCAAGUUGUACGGGAACUAUUUGAUAAGUUGCUACAUGAUGAUUAAAAUUCUUUACGUGGCAAACGCCGUAGGUCAAUUGUUUCUGUUGGAUGCGUUCCUUAAAAUAGAUUACCACAUGUAUGGUGUACAUAUCGUUGAAAAACUCGUUCGAGGUCAAGAUUGGGGAUACUCUGAAAAAUUUCCCCGCGUGACUCUCUGCGAAUUUGACAUACGUUAUCAAUCUCGUCUGCAUAGCUACGUUGUUCAGUGUGCCCUCACUAUUAAUCUCUUCAAUGAAAAACUUUUUACGUUUCUGUGGUUUUGGUUUGUGUUCCUUGCAUUCGCCACCGCCGUUAACUUUUUAAGAUGGUUGUUUCGCUCGUUGUACUGGCCCGGUCAUGUGCAAUACGUACGCAAACAAAUACGAGUUAUGGACGCGGCCCCUCGCGAGGCAGGUACGCUGGCCAAGUUUGCUGAAAACUAUCUGCGUAGAGACGGCAUGUUCAUCGUUCGACUGAUCGGCAUGAACAUGGGCGAAGUGGUGGCCGGGGAAGUUCUGUGUGGUCUGUGGAACAACUACAGUCCCGAAAGAAGGACGUUGGCCGAGAAACCAGGAAGGAAGAAUAUUGUUAAAAAUCGAGCGAACGGCGGACGAUUGGAGGUGGUUUAG